AUGGUCCGUAAAGCUACUAUUCUUGCCCUCGGUCUGGCUGGCCUCUCGGCCGCCCAGGUCUCCAACGACUUCGAGAGCGGUUGGGACGAGACCGAAUGGCCUUUCUACGCCCCCGAUUGCAGCCAGGGCGGCAGGGUCAGCCUGGACAGCACCACCGCCCACAGUGGUAGGAAUUCUAUCCGUGUUGAUGGCGCUGGCGGCUACUGCGGCCAUGCUUUCUUCGGCACCAAGAAGGUUCCCAGCGGCGAUUUCUACGUCCGUGUCUGGCUUAAGGCCGCCAGAGCACUGACCGCCGCACACAUCACUUUCAUCACGAUGCCGGAUCCAGCCCAGGGCACCAACAAGCACCUGCGCAUCGGCGGGCAAAACGAAAUCCUAAUGUUCAACCGUGAGGUCGACGACGCCACGCUCCCUGACCUCUCCCCCCAAGGCGUCGCGACCUCUGUUAAGCUCGCCACCAACACCUGGGAGUGCCUGGAAUACAAGAUCGGCAAAGACGGCAGCAUCGAGACUUGGCUGAACGGCAAUGCCGUGCCUGGUCUGACCGUCGGCGGCGGCGCCUCGAAUCCUAAUGCUAAUGGCUGGUCGAGGAGCUCAAUCAUUCCUAAGCCCACGGGGGUUUACUUUGGGUGGGAGUCGUAUGGCGGUGAGACAAAUACUUUCUGGUAUGAUGAUGUGGUUAUCAGUGAGAGCCGGGUGGGCUGCUCGGCGGAUGCCGGGUCACCGGGUAAUGGUGGCAACCAGCCCGGUACCCCGACCAGUGCCGCACCGACGACCUUGAUCACCAGUACGGUGCAGGUCCCGACUACCACGGCUCCGCCGCCGCCAGCUACGACGACGCAGUCACCGCCUAGUUGCAGCGUGCCGCAGUGGCAACAGUGUGGUGGUAUUAACUACACCGGCUGCACUACCUGCGCCGCUCCGUACACUUGCAAAUUUCUGAAUGAUUGGUACUCGCAGUGCGUCUAA